AUGAGCGAACACAAUCCGAGAAGCACAAAGAGCCCUGCUCAUGAAUCUCGCCUCCGUCGACCUUAUCGACCGCGCGCCUGCGAUGUGUGUCGUUGUCUCAAGACUCGCUGUGAGCCGCAUCCCAACCCCGCCAUCAAACCAUGCCAAAAGUGUGCGGACUUGGGUCGCACGUGUAUAAUAUCGCCAUCCGAUCGAAAGCGGAAAAAGAGGACAGACACCCGCGUUGCUGAACUGGAGGCAAAGAUCGAUACUUUGAUGGGCGCUUUGCAGGCAUCUGCUGGUCAACAGACUCAACCCCACGACGACAACACGCGGUCAAACUCGCAGCAGCGGGUUCCAACGGAUCUCUUAGGCCACAAGAACUGCUGCUGUGGAUGUCUCUCUUCCGUACCAUCACCCAGCAUCCCGCCUGGAAUAGGCACCCCUUCCCCCGCUCAGAAGCCCGGUGAUCCAAUAGACAAUCAGAUACGUGAAAGCCAGGGUGAUGCUAUCAGCCGAGGGAUUGUGGACAUGGAAUCUGCCCGGGCAGCCUUUGAACGAUACGUCUCGGAACUUUCUCCUGUAAUGCCCAUGGUAGUGUUUCCCCCAAGAACGACCAUGGAGAAUGUUAGGAGCGAGAAGCCAAUUUUAUUCUGGGCCAUUGUUGCUACAUCCAUCAAUACAAUCAAACCCGAUGUUCAGCCUAUUCUGAUGCAGGAAACAUAUAGAACAUUUGGUGAAUACAUAUUCGCGCGGAGGCAAAAAUCCCUCGAAUUGGUCCAGGCUAUGAUCAUUUGCUGUCUAUGGUAUAGCUCACCCGAGCGUAUUGAAGAGCUUAACGUGUACCAGCUAGUGCACAGCGCUGUUAUUAUGGCAAUAGAUAUUGGGAUGAACAAGCAGGUCCCUAAAAAAAAGAUGACCUUUCGUUCUAUACAAGAGGCGACCAGACGAAUCCCGAUAUCCUUCAAUGCCGAUGGCAUCGAGACACGACGUACCUGGAUCUGUCUCUAUUUCUUGUCCGCGCUGGUGUCAAUAUGCUACAAACGUGAGAUCCUCCUUCGCUGGAAUAACCACACGGAUGAGUGCUUGGAGAUUAUGGAAGGAUCUACCGAAACCGUUCCUUCCGAUGCCUCUCUUCUUCACUGGCUGAAACUUGGUCACAUUAUGGAGCAGGUCAGUACUCAUUUUGCUCUAGACCAGGGAAGCAAUGCAUUCAAGCUCGAAGACCCAAGAGUGCAAUAUACCUUGAAAGCGUAUGAGAAACUGCUCAAGCAAUGGGGAGAAGGCAUAUACAAAGUAACAUCAAUGACUAUUCAACAGAAAUUGAUGCGACAGGCUGCCCAGUUGGUGAAAAUUCAUAUGCAUGAAGUAGGCAUUCAUUUUGAACUCGACGACAUUAUCUUCCGACCAGCAUCAGGACUUAGCGCUGCCGAAAUACACAGUGGGGAAAGAAUCAACAGCCUCAUUUCAUGUGUCACUUCCGUACAUAAGACUCUCGACAUUUCCUUUUCAAUCGAUAUAAAAGAUGCUUUCAAAAUACCCACUAUUUUCAUUGCACGGACGAAUUAUUGUGCAGUCAUUCUCAUGCGGAUGAGCGUCAUUGCCUUUAGAGUAAAGGCUCAAGUAAACCCAAUAUACGCCCCGGUUGAUCUCAAGGCAGAGUACUAUAUCGACAAACUUGUUGAACGCAUCCGGAACGUGGCGAAAAUGGAAGGUGGAAGACCAUUCGCCCAUAUUGGAAGACUUCUCAGCACACUCAACGAUAGGUUUAUGAACCCAGAAGGACCCAGAAUACCAUUUGAAGAAGCAAUUACAAACUUGUCAUUUCCAAGACAUGUAACGAGUACGAUUAGAGAACUGUUUAGAAGAGCAGCACAAGAGCCGAUUGAACAAGAUAGUCAGUGUACCAAAAAUGUCUGGUUCAGUAAUAGCACUAGCAACUCUGCAGAAUCUCUGCAACCUACCGGAUCACAAGGGCAAGGGCAAGAUCGGAACCGUUUAUUACCAACUUAUGACUCUUCUACUAGUCACGACGAGAAUUGUUUUUCGUCGAUGCCCUCGACAUCAUCAAAUAUGGAUACUACGUUAGAUCCAAACGAGCUGUAUUAUCUGGGAUCAUUACUUGAUAACGGUCUUUUAGAAACGUCGUCCUCAUUUGAUGAGUUGAUGGGAUUAUUUUGA